UCUUUCUCAUGAAAAAGAAAAAGAUCUCGCUCUUGAAGAAGAGGAUGUCUCCAUUCAAGAAGAAGAUGAAGACGAAGAAUCGCAGGAGGAGAGAUCAGAGUCAAGGACGAAUGAAACAGGAAAAAUCCUGAAAGGCGAGGAGAGAAAUUUGCCACGGUAUCUCGAGGCCAAAUAUCCACAGUCUUUUAGAAAUUGGCCAAUCUUAUGUCUGCUAAACGUGGAAUUUAUCACGCAAAUUCGCAUGGUUAUGGUAUAUGAUGAUGGUAAUAUGGCUUUAAUUGUGACGAAGGACCAGAAUGUAUACAGUUUUUAUUUCGACAAAGAUGAUCUUUUGAAGAAGAGUGGGGAGUCGCAUAUUGGUUUCUACCCAAAGAAGAUAGAAGAACUGUGUGGAGAAACCAUAAAGACAUUUGCUUGCAACUCACAUAUUGUUAUGGCACUUACAGAAGAGGGAAAGGUUUUUUUCUGGAGAUUUAAAGAGCAAAAUUCAUUCAAAAUGGAAGAGGAGAUGAAAGUGGUAAAACUUGAAACAUAUUACAAAUAUAUGGGAAAGAAACGUAUCGUGGACAUCACAUGUAGCAAUAAUCAUUUUCUCGCUUUGACCAGCGAUGGCGAUGUGUAUGCUUGGGGGAAUAAUCACUAUGGCCAGAUUGGCACCGAGAAGCAGCCAUCUGUCUUAAAAUAUACACAUAGAGGAUACAAAAUUAAUAAAUAUAAUUUCAAUUAUCCACGCAAAGUGAAACGUUUAAGAGAGACUAAAAUUGCCUCUCUCGCCUGCGGUUCGAAGUUCAGCAUGGCUAUUUCCGACGAAGGCAAAUUAUUUAGUUGGGGCAGACGAUAUAAUGAGAAUUGCAAAAACGACCAAUGGAAAAUUAUGCGCAGCUAUAAAGGAGAAACAUAUGAUCCACAUCCAUUCAAAAUUAUAAUAAAUAAAACUAUAGUUAAAGUCGCCUGCGGAUUCGAGCACACGUUAGUGCUUUCGAACGAAGGGAAGAUCUUUGGCUGGGGCAAGAACAAUAAAGGACAAAUAGGCGAUCCUCGGUGCUUGUUCUACUACUCUCCUGUCACGGUGAAGAUGCCCGAGUUGGUUUCGGACAUCGCUGCCUACGGUAACUUGAGUGUUGCUGUUAGCACUAAUAAGACUAUCUAUAUAUGGGGCGAGUGUUUCGGUCAGCAGAUUACUGUCCCAGUUCCCACAGGAUUCUCCACUCUUCACGAUGCAUUUGCGUACACUCCAACGAGAGUUAUGCACAAGCCUUUGAUAGUAUCAGAUAAUAAAGAUGAAUUACCGAGUCCUUCGGAAUCCUUCGGAAUCGAUUAUCUGAGCUCUCUCUUCAAUUAUCCUGAAUUCGGAUUCAAUGAUCCGUUAGUGAGCGAUUUUAUUGUUUGCGUUGGAGAUCAAGGUUGUAUUUACGUUAACAGCUAUAUUUUGAGUAAUCGUUGUCAGUAUUUUAAAAAUAUGUUUCAACAUGAUCAAACUAAAAAUAAUAGAAGUGUGCGAAGUAAGCCAGAGCGAUACAUUGUAUCGGAUUUUUCCUACGUCAUCUACAAAGCCUUCUUCAAAUACUUAUAUACUGGGAAAGUCGAUUUACCUUCAGAAACUGUAUUAGAUCUUAUGAAAUUGGCCGAUAAAUACAGUGAGACUAAUCUUAAGGAAGAUUGCGUAUUAAUAAUAAAGUCAUCAAUCACAACAUCCAAUGUAGCUUUCUUUUACGGUAGGGCGAUCGAGUACAAUAUUAGGGAAGUGGAGGAAUUCUGUUUCCAAUUUGCUUCGUUUCACAUGAAAGUUGUAGUACAAUCGAAUAAUUAUAAACAGUUAGACGCGAGUAUAAAGGAUACUUUUAUUCAAAGAGCUGCCGAAGCAAAUCUUUUUAAAACAAAACUGUUUAAAACAAAACUCUUUUUACAAGAAGAAUCAUAUUUUUUAAAUCACGUUGCGAUCAUGUGGAAUAUGUUGGAAACCUCAUCGUCGAAGAACUCUUCGGAGAACUUUUCGGAUUGCUCUUCGUCGUAUGGCUUCUUAUCGUCGAAUAAAUUACGGAUGAAUAGCUCAUCGUCGGAUAACCCAGUGUAUAGCUUAGUAGAUAAUCCCUCCAUUCAAGAAAAAGAGAAAGACGAAGAUAUGCAGGAAGAGAUAUCAGAGUCUUCGAGGACGAAUAAAAUAAUGAAGAACUGGCCGAUUUUAAAUCUGCUAAAACCGAAAUUUACCAUGCAAAUUCGCAUGGUAAUGGUAUAUGAUAAUGGUAAUAGGGCUCUAAUUGUGACGAAGGACAAGAAUGUAUAUACUUUUGAAUGUAGUAAAUAUGAUCUUUGGAAUAGUAAGGACACACAUGAUCUCUACUCAAAGAAGAUGGAACAAAUGUGUGGAAAGGACAUAAAGACGUUUGUUUGCAGCCCAUAUGUUGCCUCAGCACUAACAGAAGAUGGAAAGCUUUUCUUCUGGAGCUUCAAGAGGCACUGUUCAUGGACUGUUCUUAAAAUAAAACGUAUUCCAAAGGAGUACAACAAUGUGAGAAACAAAUGUAUCGUGGACAUUGCAUGCAGCAGUGAACAUUUUCUCGCUUUGACCAACGAUGGCCAAUUGUACGCUUGGGGAAAUACUUAUGGACAGUGGCAUCAAAAGUCAUCUAAAUAUUAUAUACAUGAAUAUUCUAAUCCUUUCAUUUUUCCAUGCAACGUGAAACAUAUUUUAAAAGAGAAGAAGGUUUCCUCUAUUGCUUGCGGCUCGAAGUUUAGCGUGGUUCUCACUGAUGAGGGCGAACUGUAUGGUUGGGGUAAACUGUGUGAUUGGUGCGAUGAAAAUAACCGCUCCAUAAUUAUAAACAGCGGUGCAGUAUGGAGAUUUGACAUAAACCCACUCAAAAUUAUGAUAAAUAAAACUAUAGUUAAAAUCGCUUGCGGAUCCGAGCAUGUGUUGGCGCUUACGAAUGAAGGACACGUCUAUGCUUGGGGCAAGAAUGAUAAAGGACAACUAGGCGCUGAUUAUGAUUUGGCGUUCCACUACGCUCCGAUUUUGGUGAGGAUGUCCACAUUGGUUGAGGACAUCGCUGUCUAUGAUAAUUUUAAUGUUGCUGUUGACAUUACAAAGUCGGUUUUAUGGGGCGAUUAUCGCGGUGACAAUUAUUUCUCCCCAUUUCACACAGAAUUCUCCACUAUUGAUGAGGCAUUAUCGUCCAUUACAAUGAAAGUUAUGCACAAGCCGUUGGUAGUAUCGGACAGUGAAGAAUUAUUAAAUACAGUGGAAUCCUCGGGAGUCAAUCAGGCAACGACAUUCGAUGAUUCGGCGACCUACGAUUUUAUUGUUAAAGUUGAAGGACAACGUAUUCACCUUCACAGAUAUAUUUUGAAAGAUAGUUGUCAGUAUUUUAGACAUAUGUUUAAACAGGAAUGGAUUGAUAAAAAUAUAAGUCUUGAAGAUAUGCCAAUAGAUAUAUACUGUGUGUAUGAUUUUUCCUACAUCGUCUAUAAAGCCUUCUUCACAUACUUAUAUACUGGAACAGUUGAUGUACCGUCUGAGAAUGCAUUAGAUCUUAUGAAAUUGGCCGAUAAAUACUGUGUGCCUCAGCUUAAGAUAAAAUGCCAUGAAUUAAUAAAGCGUGCAAUCACAGCAUCCAAUGUGGCUUUAUUUUACAGCAAGGCGAUUGAGUGCAAUUUUAAGGAAGUCGAGGAAUUUUGUUUCCAAUUUGCUUUGUGUGACAUAAAAAUGGUAGUAUUAUCGGACGAAUAUAAGAAGUUAGACGCGAGUAUAAAGGAUACUUUUAUUCAACGAGCAACUGCAGAAAAUAUUUUUAAGUGUCCAAGUCAUUGCUAUCAUCUGAAAAUUCGUUUUGCACCACGUUUAGAAGACGAAGACAUGCAGGAAGAAAGGUCAGAGACAAAGAACGAAAAGGAAGAGAUGCAGAAAUAUAAGAGGAGAAAAUUGUCAUGCGAUCUAAUGAACAAGAUAUAUCCAUCGUCUUUUAGAAACUGGCCAAUCUUGAGCCACUUAAAGCCGGAAUUUAUCAUCCAAAUUCGUAUGAUUAUGGUAUAUGGUAAUGGAGGAAACAGAACUUUAAUUGUGACGAAUGACAAGAAUGUCUACACCUUAGAUUAUAACAAAAAUGAUUAUUUGAAGAUUAAUGACACACAUAUUGGUCUCUAUCCAAAAGAGGUAACAGAACUGUGUGGGAAAAAAAUAAGGACCUUUACUUGCAACUCAGCUUUUGUCCUGGCACUUACAGAAGAAGGAGAGGUUUAUUCCUGGAAAUUCAAUGAGUUUGAAUCGGACGCCAGAUCGCAAAUUCCCAUUAUGCAGCCCACGCCUACUCGAGUAGUGUUCAAAAAAUGUAUCGUAGACAUCGCAUGCGGCAGUUAUCAUUCUCUCGCUCUGACCAGCGACGGUCAAGUGUAUGCCUGGGGAGAUAAUAGUUAUGGACAGGUUGGUAUCCACAAGUCAAACGCAUAUUCAAGUGGAUACAACCAAAUGUCCCAUAAAGUCGAUGUGCCGAACCUGAUUUCUGGACUAAAAGAGAAGAAUGUGGUCUCUAUCGCUUGUGGCUCAAAGUUCAACAUGGUUGUUACUGGCGAGGGCGAAUUGUAUGGCUGGGGCGACAAUAAAAGCGGCCAGAUUAACUACAAAUUCGUAAUGAAUGGGUCGAAUUUAUACAAGUAUUAUGCGCACCCAUUCGAAAUUGCCGUAAAUGACAAAGUGAUAGCUAAGGUGGCUUGCGGAUUUGAGCACACUUUGGCGCUUACAGAUGAAGGAAAAGUCUAUGCCUGGGGCAACAACAAUAAAGGACAAAUAGGUGUUCAUAAUGCUCUAUCAAUCUCCGUUUUGACCAUGGUAGACAUACCCGAGUUAGUUUUGGACAUCGGUGCCUCCGCUAACUUCAGCGUUGCUGUUGGCACUAAUAAGACUGUCUAUGUAUGGGGCAACUGUUUCGAUCAGAAAAUUACCACCCCAUUUCUCACAGGGUUAUCCAUUAUUCAUGAUGCAUUCGCGCACGGUACGAGAGUUAUGCACAAGCCGCUGGCUGUAUCGGACUGUGACGUCGAAGAAGUACUGAAUUUAUUAGAAUCCCUGGGACUUUCUCUCAAUGUUCUGGGAAUGGCGUUCAAUGAUUCGUCAACGAGCGAUUGUAUUAUACAAGUUGAAGAACAACGUAUUUACGUUCAUAAAGUUAUUCUUCAGAUUCGUUGUCAACAUUUCAAAAACAAGUUUCAGCAUGAUUGGACUGAAAAUAAUGACAGUAAACUAAAUUCGUCGGUAUAUGUUGUAUCGGAGAAAUUUUCCUACAUCGUCUAUAAAGCCUUCUUGAAAUUUUUAUAUACUGGCAUGAUCGAUUUACCUUCGGAGAAUGCAUUAGAACUAAUGAUAUUGGCUGACGAGUACGGUGAGACCAGUCUUAAGAAGAAGUGCAAUCAGAUAGUAGAACAAAUUAUCACCCCAUCCAAUGUAGCUUUCUUCUACAGCAAGGCGAUCGAGUACAAGGCUAAGGAGUUCGAGAAGUUUUGCUUUGAGUUUGCUCUAUGUCACAUGAAAGACGUAGUACUGUCAAAAAAUUAUCUUAAGUUAGAUAUAAAUAUAAGAAAUAAUUUUAUUCAAAAAGCAGCUAAAGAAAAUAUUUUUCGAACGUAACUUUUUUACAGAGAGCUCUUUUUGACAAAAAUUUCGAGGAAAAUCGCUGAUUUUUUUGUAUUUUUGUAAGUAAUAUUUGCCAUACACGCUCAGUAAUGAAAUGAACUUAGUGUUUUAGUCAUCGCAUAUGUAUACUUAUUAUUAGUAUAAUUUUUUGUUAUAAUUUGAAAACAUUAAGGGAGAAAACUUUAUUUGAAAUAUAUUAUCAAAUAUAGAAGCAUGUACACAAAAUAAAAGAAGUAAAUAUCCAA